CUCUAUAUCUCUGCACUUCAUUUUUUCUUCUAUCUCUUUUCUGUGCUUCUCACCAUGCACGUGCAUUUCCUUUACCAUCUUUUCUAGUUGUUCUUCUGAAUUGGGUCUCUCUCUCUCUCUCUGUUUUCUUGCUCACCUUGUUGAACUUUACCAGACUGUGAAGAUGAGUUCACGAUCUUUGAGGGGAAGUCGUCAGAGAAAGAUGUUGCAGCUGGACCUGAACCUGGUGCCACCAUUAGAGGAUAACACUGUCCAAAUCGAUGUUGAUUCAAAUCAGAACGAUGCAGAUGAUGACGACGUGGUUGAACUGUCACCAACUUCAUUUGCUCAGACUCGGAGCAAUCCGAAGAGAAGGAUGAAGAGGAGGAGCAUUUAUGAUAUAGAUGAUGAGACUGGAGAAUUGCCAAAAGAGAUAGUAAUUGACGGAAAAGUCUAUAGAACUGUGGAAACUGGUAGCAGUUCUACGGAAGAAAAUGAAAGGAAAACACCUGAACCUCCUAAGAAGCCGCCUGCACUUGACUGUCCAAUAUGUAUGUCUGCAUUUGAAGAACCGAUGUCUACGAGGUGUGGUCAUAUCUUUUGUAGGUGUUGCAUUAACACUGCAAUAGCUGCACAGGGUAAAUGCCCUACCUGCAGAAAGAAGGUUACAAAGAAUCAACUCAUAAGGGUGUUUCUUCCAUCUCUUAGUUAAAGGAGAUCUCUGUGGCCAAGUCUAAUUGAGGAGAAUCACAAAUACAAAAAUGUAAUCUCCAGAUUUUUUAGUGGCUGCUUUAUAUUUGUUGUGGCAGAAGCCUAUUGAUUUUCACAAACAUGAUAUGUUAGCUUAACAAGAACAUUCACAAACCCAAGUUUUUUUAACCUUUUAACUUUAUUGGUGACUGAAUACUCUUAUGAGGAAUUUAUGGAUUUGCAAUUUGGUGA